AUGAGUUUCGACGAUAUGAAAACGCUACCUCAUGUCAUUAAGCCAUUCACACUCUUUCUGGUGAUCUUACAAAUGAUCUUCUUGUUCUCACCAAGUUAUAAAGAUUUUGGAUGGUUCCCAAUGACAACUACAAUCCUUAUGUUAAUUGUUUCCACGAUUGUUUUUGUUUUUUUCGCAUUGGAUGUCGCUAUUGUCACUAGAUCGCCAUAUUGGCCCUUAGCUGAACUCAUUUAUGCUGGUGUAUUCGCUGUUUCAUCCGCCAUCAAUACUUUCUAUUUCUUCUUCAACAUUUUCACUCCAUUCAACUUCUGGUUCGUAUUGGGAACUGUGAGUAGUUGA